AUCGAAUAAACAAACUGUUUACUGUUAUUUUAACUUUUCAGCUAUUUAAAACAACUUUCAAUAAUACAUUAAUUUGAAGAUACUGGAAAAUGACUGAAAACCAAGAAGCUCCGGAAAAAACGCAGACUCGUUCGAAUUCAGAAACGGUUGUAACUUCACCGGCCAUAAAUGACUUAGAUGAAGGGCGAAAUGUGCAUUCGUUGCCGCUGGAUGACCUCCAAAGUCGACCAAGAGGAACAACUUUUGGAACUCUUAUGUUUCUGGAUUUGUUCAUGCCAUUCCCUUCAGAUGUUACGAUCUUGACACCCGAGGCGGAAAUUAGACGUCGUAAAGUUGCCCUUUUCCUCAUCUCUUUGUCAAUUUUAUUUCAAGCUUGUGCUUUUUACACUAUUACUUUUGCGUUCAAGCCUGUUUUGGACGCUAAACCAUACGGUUGGUCUUCGUUUGAAGCUUCAAACAUUUUGGAACUUGUAAGCUUAUUGCAGUAUUUUUCGGCAUUUGUCGCCACUGUUCUUACAGAUACAUACUUUGAGCGAUUCUCAACAAUUAUGGCAGGUUACGCCACUUUUGUUGUAGGUUAUUUAAUCUUUGUCGUGUCUCAACUAGCGGACCAUAAGAGCUGCUCGUUUGCAAGUUUCUACAAAAUAAGUUCAGUUAAAAAUGGGUACGGACCUCAUUGUGAGCCGCUGAUUGUUCUGGCACUUUGUGCGGUUGGUCUGGGGUCCGGAAUCUACAAUGGAAAUAUUCUCAUUUUCGGAGCAGAUCAGACAACCAAGUUAAGUCGAGUUCCCGUCUUUUUUCAUGCAUAUUUCUGGUGCACCAAAAUGGGGGGACUGAUAAGCUGCUACAUUCUCAAUUACUUGCUGAUUAAGUUCGAUCAUUUCACCUCUUCAUUGAUCAGCUCUGCAGCUUGUUUGAUGAUUUCGGUUGUGUGCUUCUGGUUCGGAAAAAGGUUUUACACUUACAGAGAUAUCCAGAAAGAUCUGGUACCGACUGUGUUCAAAAUUCUACGCAACUGUUUCUCGGCAAAAAACAGGAGAAACUACUCUCUGCAUCUAGCUGAUGUUGCUAAAAGAGAUAACGGACGGGAUUCAGUAGUGCUGAACAAGUUUGACUUGGUCAUGCUUGAAAACGGGGGGCGGUUCCGACAGGACGUUGUGUACACAGUAGAACGCUUCUACAGAUUAUUUUUCGUCUUCCUCUCUUUUAUCCCCUUUUUCUUCCUCAACGAGCAAUUUGUGGCGGCAUACACGAUGCAGGGAAAGCAGAUUGCAUAUCCGGAAUGGGCCAGGAAGCCCUACUCUGACAACAGUGAUAACCAGUACAGAGUCGUGUUUCCGGAAACGUGGUUUGCUGAUGGAAUAAUGCUGUUUACUAUUAUCGUCUUUCUGCCCACUCUCGGCUUACUGAGCGGUGGAGCUCCUAGGCGAGCGUGGGAAAGAUUGACGACAAUGGUUCGAAUUAGACGAAGGAGAAGCAGCUGGCUCGAUGAGCCUCAGCCUCAGUUCUUCACAAUCUACGAUCCUGUUAGACUCACUCUUGGAUUUAUUCUCGCUGCUCUAUCAUAUGCAGUUGCCGGGGUUCUGGACGCCAGUCGGAACUACCUCUACCGACAUUGUAUUCAUUCGCACUCCAGUUCAACCUCGCUCUGUUUCAUCAACCAGUACAUCAACGGAGUGUCAUACAAGGCGGCCUCGAGUGAAGUCAUACAUUCGUAUGCACAGAUGCCCCAGUUUGUGUUGGCUGCGAUGUCAGAGGUGUUUGUGGUGGUGACUGCAUACCAGUUUGCAUACCUCCAGGCCCCAGACAACGACAACGAACCAUACAAAAUGCAAGGCAUAUUCGUGGGACUCUGCUUCUUAUCUCGCCUAAAUGAGGCUGUCAUUCAAGUGCAGCGGAAUUAU